AUGAAGAGCAUUACUAGAGACAUCCUUUUCAUUGGGGCUUUCGGUCUUGCCAUUGCGGCGCCGAACCCUCUCUCUCUCGGAACUUCUUUGACAAUUCUUAAAGAUAAUGAUUUCUAUGCGCAAUACUCCAAUAGGACAUCCGCUGCGAUUCUCGUUGAGAAGCCAAAGACCUUCAACGCGGCCAAAUCCAUCUGUUUAUCCCUUUCCGAGGGCCUUUGGUCUCCAGAGCUUGAGAACUUUACAGCAGGCGUCAACAAUUCACUUUCAUACCAAGCGUACCUUCGCAACUUCUCAUAUAGUCAACAAUUCUGGGUUGCGGACGCUCAACCUGCUUCGAAGCCUAAGAAUACAUGCAGAGCAAUUGACCUCGCUGGGAAAGUGAGAUCAUUGGACUGCAACCGCCUUCUCCCAGCUCUGUGUUCCCACAGUGCGCCACUUAGCAACAUUACGUUUACGGACACCUCUGAAAAGUAUCGAGUUACCGUCUCAACUGGAAAGCAUAAAAUCACUGGGUUUAGAGAUGGCCUUGGCUUCAGAUUCAAGAGUAUCCGAUACGGUUUGUUCAACGGAAGGUUCAAGCAUUCAUCUAUCUUCGACGGUCCAAGCAAUGCCGAAGCUUUGGAGUACAAGAAUGUUUGUAGGCAAUGGCAUGACGGUGAAGAUAUCGGAGGCGAGGAUUGUUUCUUCUUGAAUAUUGCAACUCCAUAUCUUCCUGGACCUGAUUCUCAGAGCUGUAACUUAAAGCCCGUUCUCUUCUGGAUCCAUGGAGGUAGCAACGUGGAAGUUGAUGGAAAUCGUGGAAAGUCUGAUGGUGUCAACUUGGCUACACGUGGCGAUGUUGUGGUCGUUAAGAUCAACUAUAGACUCGGCCAUUAUGGAUGGUUGGCGAUCAAUGGAACACCUAUAACAGGAAAUUACGGACUCGGUGAUAUGAUUACCAGUCUCAAGUGGGUACGAAAGAAUAUCAAGGCUUUCGGUGGAGACCCAGACCGUAUUACCAUUGGUGGAGACUCUGCCGGUGCAUCUGAUGUCAGAGCAUUGAUGGCGUCCGAAGCGGCGAAGGGCCUUUUCAGCGCAGCGAUCAUGGAAUCCCUACCAAUUGGUUGGUUUCCAGUCAACUUGUUUGCGCAUUGGCUUUCGAUUCCGGAGUAUUCGGGUAUAUUCGCACCAAUGGUUCUUCAAGGGACUGGCUGUGACAGCGCGACUGAUAUCGGGGCUUGCUUGGCUAACGUCGAUCCGGCAAUCUUGACCCCUAUCACCUCACCUCUCGGCAGUCUGGCUUUCCCAGUCCUUGACAACAUCCUGCUAAAGACCAAUGAUUUACAAGUAACUGGCAAAGGCUACGUUGCUCCAGUACCACUUCUCAUGGGUGUAAACCGCGACGAAGACUCGAUCCAGCUAUCUCCAUUCUUCGGUAUUCCUGACGCCUACACCUAUCUCGAGUACAUCAGCCAAAGCAUUGUUCUCCAGGACAUUACUAGAUUCGCCAACCAUCCAGCGUUCCCACAGCCUCCCGGAGGUGCGGCUUGGUCAGCUUUCAAUCUUACACAAAGAAUUCUUACUGACGGCGCUGUCAAGUGUCUCAACUGGGCGACCGCUUAUUCUGCUGCUAAGCACAAGGUUCUACCUAAGGUUUUCGCAUAUGAGUUCAAUCGCACAUAUUCCCCCGUGGAAUACACAAAUCCCCUUUGCGAGCCACCAGUUACCCCUGGACACCCCUUCGGAGACCCGGAUGCUGAGUACUUCAAGUGCCACAGCGGUGAAGUUAAUAUCGUCCAUGGUGAAUUGCUCUACUAUGGUAGAAAUAUUAGGGACGAAAAUGAUAUUCCAUUCCAACAGUUGAUCAUCGACUACUGGACUGCAUUUAUCUGGAACAAAGAUCCAAAUCCAAAGCCUGGGUAUCUUAAGGCAAGAGGAUAUUGGGGAACCCUGAACCAAGUUGCUAAUACCGGCAAGUGGGAGAGCGUUAACACGCGACAGCCAAAAAUGAUGCGACUGCAGUGGAAUGGUGGGUCAGUAGAUUUAAGUGAGAGGCCACAAUGCGAAGCUUUGGGAUUCCCAUUUGAAUAUUUUGAAAGUGCUCUCUAA